UAUUCAUUAUUCAUGCAGGGAAUGGAUUUCUUGGUCACUGAGCUAUUUCGACAUUGGAGGAUGGAGACCCAUCUGCAAUAAUGGUGCGUUGAUCAUUCGCCACUGCUUAGACAUUAAUACUAUUCUUCUCUUUGCUUUGGAAGAAACUGAUCAUUUUGCUCUCUUCCUAAUGACCAAGAAACGCUUUUUCUUGUUUCGUUUCUUUACGAUUCUGUUCAUCAUUUUCCCGCCAUGUAUGCCUGUAAGCGUAGAAACAGAGGCUCUCCUUCAGUUCAAGAAGCAUUUGAAGGACCCUUUGGAUUCUUUGGCUUCCUGGACAGAUUCAGAGUCUCCCUGUGAAUUCCAUGGAGUUACUUGUGAUAGAUUUUCCGGGAAAGUCGUAGGAAUUUCGCUGGAAAACAAGUCCCUUUCCGGGGAGAUUUUCGCAUCAAUUUUUGCUCUCGAGAACCUCCGAGUUCUGUCACUCGCAUCAAAUUUUAUUUCUGGGAAGCUUCCAUUUGAAGUAAGCAACUGCAGCAACCUUAGAGUUUUGAACCUAACAGAAAAUGAUAUGGUUGGGAUUAUCCCAGACUUGUCUGUGAUGAGAAAUCUCAAAGUUCUUGACCUCUCCGCAAACUACUUUUCCGGCGAAUUCCCAAGCUGGGUCGGAAACCUGACUGGUCUCGUUUCGCUGGGGCUUGGGGAAAAUGAAUAUAUUGAGAGUGAAGUUCCUGAGACUCUUGGCAAUCUGAAGAACUUGACUUGGCUCUAUCUUGGUGGUUCUCAUUUGAGAGGAGAGAUUCCAGAAUCAGUUUAUGAAAUGAAGGCUCUGGAGACACUGGAUAUCUCGAGAAACAUGAUCUCAGGGAAACUUUCCCAGUCAAUUUGGAAGUUGGAAAAUCUUCGUAAGAUUGAGCUUUUCUCAAAUACCUUAACUGGGAAAAUCCCAGCUGAGCUGGCAAACUUGACCAAGCUUGAAGAGAUUGACAUUUCAAUGAACCAUUUAUAUGGCGAAUUGCCAGAGGUGAUCGGUACUAUGGAGAAUUUGGUUGUUUUUCAGCUCUAUGAAAACAACUUUUCGGGAGAACUUCCUGCUGGGUUUGGAGAUAUGCAACAUCUUGUUGGAUUCUCAAUCUAUCGAAACAGCUUCUCUGGGAAAAUUCCAGAAAAUUUUGGCCGAUUUUCACCACUGGAUAGCAUUGAUAUAUCGGAGAAUCAAUUUUCAGGUGAUUUUCCAAAGUUCUUGUGUGAAAACAGAAAAUUGAAAUUUUUGCUUGCUUUGCAAAAUAAUUUCUCCGGUGAAUUGCCUGAGACUUAUGUUACAUGUAAAUCAGUGGAGAGAUUCAGGGUGAGCAGGAAUCGCUUGUCUGGAAAAAUUCCAAAUGAGCUGUGGGCACUUCCAUUUGUGAAGAUAAUUGAUUUGGCUGACAAUAAUUUUGAUGGCUCUAUAUCUCCAAAAAUUGGGCUUUCCUCUAGCUUAAGCCAGUUAGUUCUAACAAAGAACAAGUUUUCGGGUAAGCUUCCUGCACAACUUGGUAAGCUGAUGAAUUUGGAGAAGCUAUAUUUGAGCAACAACAAUUUUCAUGGUGAAAUACCAGCCGAAAUUGGAGCUCUUAAGCAAUUGUCUUCUUUUCAUCUAGAAGAGAAUGUAUUAACUGGAUCAAUACCUGCGGAACUUUGUAAUUGUACAAGGCUAGUGGACUUGAAUGUUGCUCGGAAUUUUCUAACUGGCACUAUCCCUCAGUCAGUUUCACUUAUGAGCUCAUUGAACUCUCUUAAUCUAUCUGGCAACAAACUUACAGGCUCAAUCCCAGAAAGCUUAGUGUCAAUGAAAUUGAGCUCGAUUGAUUUUUCCAAAAACCAGUUGUCUGGGAGAAUUCCAAACAAUCUUCUAAUCAUUGGUGGUGAUGAAGCUUUUGUUGGAAACCCAGCACUUUGUGUUGAACAAAAUUCAAAAACUCUAGUGAAUUCCGAAUUCAACAUUUGUACAAGCAUACAUGGUCAGAAAAGGGUCUUCGCUGAUAAGGUAGUAAUUCUUUGCGUCACUGCUUCUGUCUUGGUUGUAGUGUUGGCCGUGUUGCUUGUGAGUUACGGAAGCAUCAAGCAUGAAAAAGCAGACCUGGAGAAAAACUUGCAAGAUCAAAAGGAAACAGAUUCAAAAUGGAAAAUUGCUUCUUUCCACCAAGUUGAUCUUGAUGUGAAUGAAAUAUGUAAUUUGGAUGAAGAUAAUUUGAUUGGAACUGGUGGUACUGGAAAGGUAUAUCGAGUUGACUUGAAGAAAAAUGGUUCCACGGUGGCUGUAAAACAACUAUGGAAAGGAGAUAGCGUAAAAAUUUUGGCGGCAGAGAUGGAGACUUUGGGAAAAAUCAGGCAUAGAAAUAUACUUAAGCUUUAUGCUUCUUUGUUCAAAGGAGGAUCAAACUACUUGGUGUUAGAGUUCAUGCCAAAUGGUAAUCUUUUUCAAGCUCUUCACCGACAGAUGAAGGGUGGGAAACCAGAAUUGGAUUGGUACCAGAGAUAUAAAAUUGCACUGGGCACUGCAAAAGGAAUUGCCUAUUUACAUCAUGAUUGUUCUCCACCUAUCAUUCACAGAGACAUAAAAUCUAGUAACAUUUUGCUGGAUGAGGAUUAUGAGGCGAAAAUUGCUGAUUUUGGGGUUGCCAAAUUUGCAGAAAGAACUGAUCAACAGCUGGGUUUUAGCUGUCUUGCUGGCACUCAUGGUUAUAUUGCUCCAGAGCUUGCUUACACACGCCAAGUUACUGAAAAGAGUGAUGUGUAUAGCUUUGGAGUGGUGUUGCUAGAAUUACUUACAGGAAGGGAACCCAUUGAGGAGGAUUAUGGAGAGGGGAAGGAUAUUGUAUAUUGGGCUAUGACUAAUCUGAAUGCCCGUGAAAGCGCUAUCAAGAUCCUUGAUGAUAAAAUAGCAUCUGAGUCUGUUGAAGAUGAAAUGAUUAAGGUCUUGAAGGUUGCUAUCCAGUGCACAACUAAGCUCCCUUCUUUGCGUCCUUCUAUGAGAGGUGUUGUCAAGAUGCUUAUUGAUGCUUAUUCUAGCCCUUUUCAAUCUCCUGAAAGCGAUUUUGAGAAAGAUAAGGAUUUUACCUAGUGAUCUUCUUCUCAGAUACAUAAUGUAAAUACUUGCAAUCUGUUUCUAUCAGUCAUGUUUACCAAAUUAUAGUAUGAGGACUCUGAUGAGGAUUACUUAAGGAAGGCAUUUAGUCAAAAACCAUGUUUUAAGCAUGAUUUAUAUAUCUUCCGCUGAAUGAUUGGUCAUUA